AAAAUACCAUAUCACAAGGUAUUCAAAAAUAUUUCAAUUGGCUAAUUAAGAAGGAAAGAGCACUUAGAGAUUACGUUGCACAAACAAAUAACCUGUUGUGUCGAGUUCUCGGAGAUGAAUACUAG